CGUCACCGCUGGCGUCACAGAGGAGGAAGAAUUGCGGAACUAGGAGGUUUACCGACCGAUAGCCAAGCUAACUAGCUCACUCAUCUAGCUAUUUAUCUCACCUCGAAAUACCAAUUCUCCCCGUUAGGUAGCCACUCAAACUCAAGGACCAAGAUGACAGCCGCACCUUACAACUACUCGUACAUCUUUAAGUACAUCAUCAUCGGUGAUAUGGGAGUUGGGAAGUCUUGCCUCCUGCAUCAAUUCACUGAGAAGAAAUUCAUGGCGGACUGCCCCCACACCAUCGGGGUGGAGUUCGGGACGAGGAUCAUGGAGGUGAACGGCCAGAAGGUGAAGCUGCAGAUCUGGGACACGGCGGGACAGGAGCGGUUCAGGGCUGUCACCCGCUCCUACUACCGGGGGGCUGCCGGGGCCCUGAUGGUCUACGACAUCACAAGGAGAAGUACUUAUAAUCAUCUGAGCAGCUGGUUGACGGAUGCCAGGAACCUGACCAACCCAAACACAGUCAUCAUUCUGAUCGGCAACAAGGCAGACCUGGAGGCCCAGAGAGACGUUACGUAUGAGGAGGCCAAGCAGUUUGCGGAGGAGAAUGGGCUGUUGUUCCUGGAAGCCAGCGCAAAGACAGGGGAGAACGUGGAGGAGGCGUUCCUAGAAGCAGCCAAGCGGAUCUACCAGAACAUCCAGGACGGCAGCCUGGACCUGAACGCCGCAGAAUCCGGGGUGCAGCACAAGCCCUCAGUGCCCCAGGGCGGCCGGCUCAACUCAGACACACAGCCCGCCAAGGAGGGCUGCAGCUGCUAAUCUAACACACUACACAUGCACCGACACACAAACACAAAUGUCUCAUUUACACAGGUAAAAAGAAAUCUCAAUUUACUGUCUUAUAUAGACUCCUGCUCCCCCCACACACACUUGCUCUGUAAUUUAACACAGCCUGUUAGCCUUUUAAAUCUCUUAAUUGAUUUAAGUUAUUGAUUUUUCUAGUCCAGACCAAUGAUUUGACCCGUUCAUCAGAAUAGGCCCCACACCUGAAGGAUGAAGAGGGUAGACGAUGAAGGAUUCGUUGAUCGGGUAACCAGUGAAGUUAGUUAUUUAGGGCACAUUGUGACUCAUCACAGCAUAGAAACAGCUGAACUAUGUAUUUGUACUGUUUCCCAGAGCUUCAAUGUCCCCCAGGGUGGCUGCUGAUUCUAUGCUAACGACCCACUGCUCUGGUAGGCUGACUUAAGACUCCCAGCAGGUGACCAGGGCCAACUGCCUCCCUUUGACAUGUCACGGAGGGCCAGCAAUCUGAAGGACCCUUUUUGUUUUCUAAUCAAGUAAACUCGGCACUAGUGAUCUGAGGGUUGGCCUUCAUCUAUCCCAUCAGUUUCCAACUGUUCUACCUGUGACUUAUGAUUAGCGUUCUGCUCCCAUGUGAGGCAGCGAGUGCAUACGGUCAUGGCUUAGAACCAGGACAGGUAGAUUAUGAGCUCUCUGUCCGGCAGGGCUGGCUCGGUUUCGGACAUGCGUUGCAAUGCCUCAACCAGGUCUGUGUGUCUGUGUGUGUGUGUGUGUGUGUGUGUGUGUGUGUGUGUGUGUGUGUGUGUUGUGUGUGUGUGUGUGUGUGGGUGUGUGUGUGUGUGUGUGUGUGUGUGUGUGUGUGUGUGUGUGUGUCCAUCAAGUCCGCCCAAUCAACACCCAGUUUUUAUGUUGCAAUGAUUUUUAAGAAUAAUGAGUAUAAUACAACUGAAGUUGGCCGUUGUGCACGAUUUAAGACUAAAUUCCCUAGAUUGAUCCCAGAAUGCCGAUUUUUAUUUAGGUCUACGAGGUGGUAGCUUGGUUCAUCAGGGCCAGCUAUGCAUCGCCCUGAAAAAAAGCAUUUAUUCCUUAAACACAGAAAACCCUCCCUAGAAGACAGUAUCAUCACUCGUUGGCUCGCAACAUGAUUGAGCGGCUGACUACUACUCGUGGCUAUAUUAGUGAUGGAAUACAGGUAGCCGGAGGCAUUCUGUCGCAUAUUCAGCACCUUUUAUUUACCCAUCCUUUAUUUAUCUAGUCAAAAUCCAGACCUGAUUGGUAGGUUGGUCUUUCUUAACCAAAUGCAGUUGGCCACGGGAACAUGUUUAUGUUUCAGUAUGACCGUAAAUUAACAAAUCUUGGUGUCAGAUGUUUGUGUCGCUGAAGGAGAUGUGAUUAACUAAAAACUAACCCAUUCACGCUAGAGCUGAACUACAGUUUAAUUGAUCCACGGGGUAUUUAAUUUACUCCACUGGUUUCUGCAUGUUACCAGGCUAAUCUAAGAGGAUGUUGCUGCUUUAGGGCUUUUCAGAAUAUCGACCAAUAUUGCCUCCUCCAAGCCCCCUGUAGUUGUGGAUUUAAAAAAAAGCAUGUUUCCCUGUAGUGUUGACGUUGACCAUGUGGCUAUGUCAGGUGACUCUUGAUUAUUAAAGUGUGGGUGGCUCCCAGCGUAGCAAACCUGAGUGACAGGACAAGAGAAACAUGGCAGAAACGCCUUGACGGCGAUCCGACAACACUAGAAAACAAAGGUCCCGCCCUCACAGCCUGUCAUGGCUUGUUUACCAGCAGCUCACUACAUGCACACACUUUCAAACACUUUAACAAGAGGUUUAAAACAAAAGAAAACCGACAACCCAAUUCUUCUGACCCGUGUGCACUGUGUAACAGUGUCUGUAGUGUGCACGUUUCUGGAACAUUCUUCGUAAAGUUUCUACCUGAUGUCUUGAUUUUGUUUUGGUCCUGAAGCUGAAAAGUGUUUGAAAAAAGGCAGAAGACUCUCCGCUGAAACGUGCUCUGUACAUUUUCCUUUGAUUUUCUGCAACAGUCGUUUGUCUUUCUGUAAACGCUGCAUAUUAACUUGCUUCUGAUUCUUUCAUAUUUAUAUUCUGUAUGUAACAAGCUGUACCUUUCUAUGUACUACCACUGGAUUCAGCUGAUCUUAUUUGUAAAUAAAGUAUAUAUAUAAAUAUACUUAAACAGUACAAAUAUAUAUGCAUACUGAUCCAAUGAGUUCAAGACCUUGCUUGUAAUUAUGAAGGAAAUAUACCAUGUCUUUAAUCUAGACAUUGAUUAAGACAAGUUGACACUUAACCACUAGGUCACAUUAAGAGGUGUAAAAUAAACAAAUGUGUAUUAUUGAAAUUGGGUUGAUGGCAAAGUUGGGGAAUAAUAUAAUUUAUCUAGAUACAUUGAAAGCAUCCAAAUGAGAUUAACAAACUGCGAUGUGUGUAAUGGUUAAUAUGCAUGUUUAAGUGCAGAUAACAUGGAGCACUAUUUUCCUAUUUUAACCUAGAACUUCAUGAAUGAUAUGAUAGGGGCUAUAUCCUCCACCCACCAUGCUCAGAAUAAAGAAGGAUAAUUUGCACAUCAAUUUAUCUUUAUUUGGGAAAACAUUGAACAAACUGAGCUGCUGGCUAUAUUAGAGAAUUUCCUCUGGGUCAAAACAAAUAUUAUUCAGGUAACUCCUCUACUUGCUCAGGGACUGUGUAUAAAACUCAGCGGGUUUGACGGUCUGAGUCCAAUAUGGCU